AUGACGCGACACAGCCAUAGCCAUAGGGCUCGAAAACACCCUAAUCGCGAUAUCAUCGAUGAUAUCCGCGACAAUAUCGACAACAUCAUCAAUGGCGGGAAUCAACCGGCGACCAUCACCUCUGUCAUCUAUGUGACGGCCAAACCGACAUUCUCUGGACCCAUCGGCGGCUAUUCGACUGCGACUGGUAAAGAUGACCACCCACCGCCUACCCUGCUUCCUCCUCUGGAGCAUACUCCCACCAGGUCGACAAGAAGACCAAAGCCAACUGAAACCAGUGAGGAGGAGGAACCAACCUCAACACCUACUCCGACCAGCCGUUCUUCUUCGUCGUCGUCGUCUUCUUCUUCUCGUUCGUCCCCCGUAACAACCACAAGCAGAGAUAGGGAUUUCACAACUUAUACAUCGACCCCUACACGGACUACCCUGACGAACUCGAACGAUGCCGCUAUGGGAACAGGAUUGAAUUCUCCCUCGGCUACUGCUGCCCCUGCCGCUGGAGGAAUGUCCCCUGGCGCAAAGGCUGGUCUUGCCAUUGGCCUCAUCGCGCUGUUUGCAAUCAUCGGCGGUGCCAUCUUUUUCUUCAUUCGCAAACGGAAGCGAAACGAGGAAUUGGAGGAGAUUGAUAAUGAAAAGUCUUUCAGGAAUACCCCCAUGAAUUUCCCACCACCUCCUCCUUCAAGACCAUCUGUUUCUACCACUUCUCCUGUUGCGCCGAAGCUCAACAUCCGCCCUGUGACCCAGUUCUCCCCAGAUUUCGGUAGAAACCAACCAGGAGCAGCCAAAGCUCCAGGCAUGCUGAAUGUCUCUGGUGCUCUACCAACUCCCCCUCCAUCGACCAAUGGUUCGCGUAGUUUGACGGACGGCCCCGGCCCAGCAUCCCCUCUCCCGCCGCCCAAGUCACACAAUGCUACGAACUCUGAUCCUUUCAAUGACCCGGUCAAUCCCUUUGAUAACCCCAACUCGGCGCCCUCGUCGCCUCCAGCUGAACGAGCACUUCCAGGAGCUCUCCAGAUGCCGGCUGCCAAUGGUCCACCUCCAAGCCCCGCCAUGAGCACCGGAUCUGCCUCUGUCGUCAGUGUCGCUCCAGUGCCAGCAGGAGGAGCAGCUGGUGGCCCUCCUCCAGGCCCAAACAAUGUGUACCGUAUUCAGCUUGACUUCAAUCCCUCUAUGGACGAUGAACUGUCCCUCAGGGCUGGCCAACUUGUUCGCAUGCUUCACGAAUAUGAUGACGGCUGGGCUCUCUGCGUCCGUCUCGACCAGUCCCAGCAAGGUGUCGCACCACGAACCUGUCUUUCUUCCCGCCCUGUCCGUCCUCGCCCACGCGGUCCUCCCCAAGGUCCCGGCCAACGCGCCCCAGGUCCAGGCCCCAUGCCCCCUGCCGGCGGCCCCAACUCCCCCGGUCCAAAUGGCAGCCCAAACCCCAAUGGUCCACGCUUCAACCCACCCGCUAACGGCCGCCCUGCCUCCCCUAACGCAGGCUACCGUCCAUACCCUCCACCGCAACCGAAAUUCAGUGAGAUCCCACGCUCCUUAUCUCCAGGCCCUGGUGGUAGCCCGCGUAUCCCACAGCCUCGGUCAAUGAGCCCUGGCCCAUAUGGACCCGGCGGAAUGGAGAAACCCGUUAUGCCCGCUGCCCAAAGACCAAGGAGUAAUAGCGCCGGGCAGGCCGCUGCAGCCCCGGCACCAGCUCCCACUACUGUCUCGAGCGAGCCAGCAGAGAAACCGGAGCCAACAAGCAGCCCACCACCGUCACUUGGACCUGUGAGCCGUAAACCGAUUCCAGGUCAGGAGUCGUAG